AUGGGACCCACGGCCCCUCCACCUAAGCCUCGUGCGGGUCAGCACCGUCGACCCAACUAUCGCGGCCGCAUCGAAGGCAUCGGCAGUCCAGCACCAAGCUCCUUGCGGGCAACAACACCCACAGUUAUACGGGCGUCCACACCGAGCUUAAACCGACCCACAGGGCCAAAGACAAUGAAAUGUUCCAACCCCCACUGUCCUAGCCCCAAUAUUGUCGAAAGCGAACAAGGACUGAUUUGUGACACGUGCGGUGCGGUCGCUCAAGAAGAAUCUGGCCUUGUCAGUGAACAAGGCUUUGGUGAGACAGAGUCGGGCCGCAUCACUGCUUUGGGUGUUCACGUUGGCGAGUCUCAGACUCACCAAAGAACCUACGCUCCCGGAGGGGCCUUGGGAAAUGCUGGCCGCGAACCAACCAUCAACCGUGAUCGGUCCGAAGCCCAAGCCAGAACUGUCAUGCUGUCAUAUCAGUCUCUUCUCGGUGUCAGACCGGCCGAGGUCGAUGCUGGUAUGCAAAUUUUCAAACUGGCAUGGAGCAACUCAUUUGUCCAAGGUCGAACCAUCGAUAGCGUCGCGGUGGUCUGUCUCUACCUUUCAUGUCGCCGCAAACACGAACAAAUCCGAAACGAGCGUCGACCAAUGUACAGCCUUAUGUUGAUCGAUUUUGCUGAGAAACUGAACAUCGAUGUCUUCGCUCUGGGGAAGAUGUACUCCGAUCUUGUCCGCAAACUGUACUUACAACCGGAUGGAAGUAUCCAGGGCGACGUCAGUGCCGAUCUGCUCGCCAUGGGCCCCGAAAUCCUGGUCAGUAGAUUCGUCGACGAACUGGAAUUCGACAGGGAACACCGUGAUAAGAUCAAGCUGGAUGCCAUCCGAAUCGUUCAACGAAUGAAGCGAGACUGGAUGUCGACAGGAAGGCGACCUUCGGGUGUUUGCGGCGCAGCGGUCAUUCUGGCGGCGCGGAUGAACAACUAUCGACGGACGACGAGGGAGGUCGUGCUGACGGCCAAAGUCACAGAAAUUACCAUCAACAAACGUCUCGAGGAAUUCCAGGAUACAGAGAGCAGUAAACUUUCAAUCAACCAAUUCAGAGACAACGAAGUCCUGGAGGCUCUCGCCGCUGCAGAUCCCCCUGCGUACCAGCGAGCUCGUCACCCAAAAGAAAAGAGAUCGAAAAGGGGCCGACCUAAGAAAAAUCGACAACCAGAAAUUGCUGCUGAGAUCGAGGGAGACACUACCACGCGGGAACCCCAGGAUCACCAAGAGAACCAAGAACCAGGCCCUGAAGAACGCCCGGCCAAGCGAGUUCGUAUCGAUGCAGACGGCUACAAAAUUCCUGAAAUCCCGCAAAGACAAAUCCCCGUUGACCCAUCUCUGACGCUCGCCGAUCUAGAAGCAACCACUUCAGCUUCUGGUGAAGAAAGUCCUGAAGCAUCACCAGCACGGACUCGGAAACCAAGAGGCCCGAACUGGAAAGCACCACCUGCUUCACCAGCCGAACUUGCAAUUGAACAAGAAAUCGAACACGACGUGCUGGAAACUUUGCGAGAGAACCCCGAACUCGACCCAACUCACCAAGAGACUUCAAACCAGCCAGACCAGACCACCACCACCACUGAUGGAUCUGAUCCAUCGACACCGCCAUCUCCGGAGCCUUCAUCUACCGAGCCCAUUUCAACCCCAACCUUGAGAAGAGAAAAAGUCCUUGGUCCGGCCGUCAACACCACAGAAGGUAACCUAGGGAACGUCUCGCUUUCACCGACUCUCAGGCCUGAUGAAUUCGACUCGGAUGAAGACGUAUCGACGUGCCUCCUCAGCGAAGAAGAAACGCGAAUCAAAGAGCGUGUCUGGGUGAGCAUGAACGCCGACUGGCUACGGCAGGACCAUGCAAAGCGCAUCAAGCGCGAGCUCAAGGAGGCGGAAAUGCGAGCUCGCGGCUUAGACCCGGCAGACGAGGCGCUGAAGGCGAGCCAAGCAAAGGGGAAGAGGAAGGACGGGACGAAAAGGCCUGGCCGUCGAGGAGAUGUGAGUUACUUGAACGAACGUGAUGGGGAGCGCGAGCGUGGUGACGUCGAGGCGGCCGGAGAGGGCGAGGGCAAGGCGGGACAGGCAGGCACCACGGCAGAUCGGGAGAGAAGUGCUGCCGAGUCGGUGCGCAAAAUGUUCAAGACCCGUGGUGUGUAUUCGAGGCGCGUCAACUACGAUGUCCUUGACUCCAUCUACGGCGUCGCGAGCGGAGAUAGUGCUGAAUCACGCAGCGUCACAGGGACAAGUCGCAGUCGGAGCCAGAGUGUCGCGAGCAGCGUGGCGCCAGGGCAUGAAAGAGAGGGAAGUGUUGCCGGCUUUGUUGCUUCAGAAGGGAUAUUUCGCGGCAAUGGUUCCAGAGACGGUGGGCGACAGCGGAACAAGGGCUCAAUUUCGGCUGAACAGAGAGAGAAACAGCGCAAGGCAAAACAGAAAGUGGGACCUCCAUCCGCGACGACCCCUGCCGGUCAGGAUGAUGAGGCGGGGAGAUCGGUGUCGAGAAGCAGAAGUCCUCUUACGGCUGAAGCGGACGAAGGAGAUCGUGACGGUAAUCAAGAGGAAGACAAUCCCACUAGACAGCGCGAGUUGAGUGGUCCAAGUCCUGAACCUCAACCACCACCACAGCCUCCUACUCGACAACAAGCUAGUCCCCAGCCCGUGGUGCAAACUCAACAAUCGCCCACAGUCAGUGUGACAGGCCCCGGUAUCCCAACUGUGUUAGCCACGACAUCGACUUCGAUAUCGACUCCUCAAACUAAGAUAGCUGAAUCGGCUAAAGAAAAAGGAAUCGAUGCAGGACCUAGUGUUACAGCCUCUACUGAUGACAAUGACACCAAUAAGGACGACGAAGAUGAAGAUGGUGACGAAGACCUAGACGACGAAGCUGAAGAUGAGGACGCUGAUGAUGAUCAAGACCAAGAAGCUGAAGACGAAGACGUCGAUGCCGCCUUCGAAGGCCGGUAUACCGGCCGAGGAUAG